GGAAAGGCAAUGUUGGGAUAUUCCAAAAUAGGAGGUGCAGGAAGAAAAAGCCCUCAGACCACAGAUCAAAGUGGCUGGCCCGGCCCAUUUGAACACAUGGGUAGACUACAGCGUAUCUAUCUCUUUACCGGCGGUCUUCACUUGCAUACACAGUGACAGUUUCAUUCAUAUUCAUUUUCGGUGCGCUUUUGUCACCGCGCACGUAAAAACCACUUCGCUUCAACCUCGACCCUUUCACGACACUGGAAGCCCUUGCUCGCUGGCCAGGACUCGAUGGGAAAGGAGAGCCGAGCGUCCGCUAUGGAAAUCGACGCUCCAAAAUCGACGAGUUCCGAUCAGAUCGUUCCCAAAUUCUCCAUCAACGUGCUGCAGCUCUUAAAAUCUGCGCAAAUGCAGCAUGGCUUGCGCCAUGGAGACUACACUCGCUAUAGGAGGUAUUGCACAGCUCGUUUGAGGAGGUUAUAUAAAUCGUUGAAGUUUACCCAUGGUCGUGGCAAAUAUGCAAAAAAGGCCUUAACUGAGUCUACUGUCACUGAAGUAAGGUUUCUUCAUGUAAUUCUCUAUACAGCAGAGAGAGCUUGGAGUCAUGCCAUGGAGAAAAGGCAGCUUCCAAAUGGCCCAAAUGCACGUCAACGCAUAUAUUUGAUUGGUAGGUUGCGGAAAGCAGUAAAAUGGGCUACUUUGUUUUCACUAUUGUGUGCGGUCAAAGCAGAUUCUAGAACAUCUUUAGAAGCUGAGGCUUAUGAAUCCUAUAUGAAAGGGAGCUUGUUGUUUGAGCAAGAUCAGAAUUGGGAUGUGGCUUUAAAGAACUUCAAAAGUGCUAGGGCUGUAUACGAGGAAUUAGGGAAAUAUGGAGAUUUGGAUAACCAAGUUUUGUGUCGUGAGCGAGUUGAGGAACUAGAACCUAGUAUCCGAUACUGCCUUCACAAAAUUGGUCAGUCAAAUUUACAGGCCUCUGAACUUUUACAAAUCGGUGAUGUGGAAGGUCCUGCGUUAGACCUUUUUAAAGCUAAAUUAGAGGCUGCCAUGGCUGAGGCAAGAUCUCAACAAGCUGCUUCCAUGACAGAAUUCAUUUGGCUUGGCCACAGAUUUCCAAUAUCAAAUGCCAAAACAAGGGUUUCCAUUCUGAAAUCCCAGGAGCUGGAGAAAGAUGUACAUGGUCCCUUGGCAGACUCAAUUCCGGCAGACAAAAGACUUGUUAUUUUUGACAAAAUCUUUUCUGCAUAUCAUGAGGCCAGAGGCUAUAUUCGGGCUGAUUUGGCCACUACAGGAAGUACAGAAAGCGUGAAAGAUGAUUUGAAUGGUCUUGAUAAGGCUGUCAGUGCUGUCCUAGGAGAAAGAACCAUUGAGCGCAACCUCUUGUUGGUUAAGGUUGCAAAAAGCAAACUGGCAAAUCGUCAUGAUGAUAAAAAUGAAAAACUCACCAAACCUGAAGAGCUUGUUCGCUUAUAUGAUCUCUUGCUACAGAAUACAGCUGAUCUAUCUGAUUUAGUCAAUUCUGGAAGGGAUAAAAAGCCAGAAGAAGUUAGCUUUGCUGAAGUGUGUUCAUACAAAAGUUUGGCUUUUCGAGCCCAAAGGUGCUUUUAUGUUGCAAAGUCAUACAGUGUGGCUGGAAAGAGGGCUGAAGCAUAUGCAUUGUAUUGUCGUGCUCACAAUUUGGCAGAUGAUGCCUUAAAAAAGUUUCAAAUGUUGGAUGGUGAUAAUAAGUGCAACAUAUUUUCAAAUGAUAACUUUGAGAUUAUGAUGAAAGAGUUGGAGGACUUGUGCAAUGAGUGCCGAUCUAACAGUUGUAUAGAGCAUGCAUCGGGGAUCAUGGAGGAGAAAAAGACUCAAGAGAAUCUAUCUGAAAGGGUUUCCAAUAUAUCAUUGACCGGAACUGAGCGGUUGGAGAAGUUCCUUCUUGAGAAACUUGAUGUGUAUGAGUCUGCUGUGGGUGAUUCAAAUGUGAAGUGUACACCACGCAUUGCAGGCUUCCCUCCAGCUUUCCAGGCAAUUUCCCGUAAUCCUAUUGUGCUGGAUCUGGCUUAUAACAUGAUUGAAUUCCCACCUAUUGAAAACAGGAUGAAGAAGGAUAGAAAAGCCAAGGGCGGUCUUAUCAGUAGGAUAUUUGGAUGAGUAUAUUUAAUUAGGGUUUUUGGUUGUUCAAAUCAAAUAAUUUUUGACAAAUUAUCUGGUGGUUUCUUUUGUGGAAUAUUAUUAUGAAUUUUGAGAUGUCAUGUACAAAUUUGAGAGGUCUAGAUAUUUGGAAAUUUUACAGUGGAGCGAUUGUUUGCGGUUACUAUUUUUAUUUUGUCGUAGAACUUGAAAUAAGUUGGGCAAUCUGUUACUUUUACCAAUGCA